AUGACGAGCUCGCCGGAUUUGGAUCGGCAGCCGUGCCCGGACCGCAUCCUCGAGGACGUCGGCAACGCCUUCGGGAUGGGAACCGUGGGCGGCUCCCUCUUCCACUUCGUCAAGGGCCUGCGCAACUCCCCCAACGGCCACCGCCUCGCGGGCGGCGCCACGGCCGUCCGCAUGAACGCGCCGCGCAUCGGGGGCAACUUCGCCGUCUGGGGCGCUCUCUUCUCCACCUUCGACUGCACCAUGGUCUACGCGCGCAAGAAGGAGGACCCCUGGAACUCCAUCGUCGCCGGCGCCGCCACCGGGGGCCUCCUCCAGCUGCGCAGGGGCAUCCUAGCCACCGGAAGGGGCGCCGUGUUCGGGGGCGCGAUCCUCGCGCUCAUCGAGGGCGCCGGGAUCAUGCUCAACCGCUGCAUGGCUAAUACCGCGCCUCCGCCGGAGGACCUGAUGAUGCAGCAGCAGUACCCAGCAGGACAGGAUCCUGCUGCCCAGUACGUGCCGCCUGGCUUCCUCGGAGUGCCGCCGGCGGCGCCGAUCGUGGUUGAGGAGGUCCCGGUCGUCCCUGACUCUGGCCAUGCUGGGUGGUUUGGCGGUUUGUUUGGGAGGAAGCAGCAGGACAAGGUUGCUAGUGGUGAUCGCUGGUGCGAGGAGCUGGAGUUGGAUUUGCCCAGCACCGCUGUUCCCUCCUUCGAUUAA